ACAGAUAGAACGAACGCAUAAAACUCGACGCGACUCAAUCUUACACCUGCUGCAUGGCCAUCAUCAGUACUUCUGGUCGUGUACUGGCCGGUGUUGCAGUCCUUGUAUGCAGUUGCAUAGCGCUCGCCAGCUUUUUCCGUCCACAAGGCGUUAGCUUGGCUCGUCGCGCCGUCGAGCAAUUUGCAACGCAACCACAGAUCCCCUUGGCAGUCCCAGACGCCUCCCUCGAGCGCAUUGUAUUGGGAUCGAAGCAACGGCAUAAUAAAGAUGCAGUCUUGUACAGUUUCCGACCGAAUGACGAGGAAGAUGAAAUCAACCUACAAUUCUUUGUGGACCAUGCGUUACACGACAAGGCAGACUUUUAUCUGAUCAUCAACGGACACAAGACGCAAGUUGAUUUUCCUGAUCGGCCCAACAUCUAUGUGACGAGACGGCAGGAUGAAUGCUACGAUCUUGGAGCAAUUGGCGCUGUUUUGCAACAGAAUGAGAAUGAAGUGAUGGAUAAGUAUGAUCGCUUCAUCUUGACCACCUCCAAAGCGCGCGGUCCAUUCUUUCCACUCUGGGCAAUACACAACAAUCAAGCCUGCUGGACAGAUCAUUUGUUUCAUCCACUGAAUGACCGGACAAAGCUGGUGGGUGCCACUGCCGAUUGCUCCAUGGUCGAACACCCCAAGUUUCUUCAAUCCAGCGUACUCGCUACAGACCGCGAGGGACUUGAAUUGAUCAUGCCAUCUCUCAUGUGUUACGACAAUGAGGAAGAUGCGAUAUUGCGAGGCGAGCAAGUCAUGACACAUCUUGUUCGUAGUGCAGGCUUUGACGCUGUACCCCUGUAUGCUCGAGGCUAUGAUCGCUCUGGUAAUGGGCCUGAGCUGAGUCCACCUCCGCCACCGUCCGACUCGGAUGAGGACAAGGACAAGGAGAAUGCGAUUGAUAAGCGAUCUGACAAUACUUGGCCAUUUGAGUCAGACAAUGACGCGUACUGGCGGCUAUGCAAUCACGGUGAUGUCUUCCUCGCUGGAGACAAGGGCGGACUGGAUGCACAUCCAUUCGAUGCCAUAUUCGUUCGGCUCAACUUGACGGCUGAUUUUUCACAGCGGAGUGCAUCAACGAUGGAUUUGCUGAGUGAGUGGGCAGACAAGUCCUUCUUCUCGAGCUACGAUCACUGUUGAAGCAGUUCAAUGGACGCAUCAGGUUCAUCGAUAUCGUUUCUUUCAUUCUGUAACAAGCGCUUUCAUACUUUAUAGACAGUCCACAUGCUGGGCCUAGCAACAGCAUGGAAUUGGGAUGAUGUAGCAGCAUCCGCCAUCUGG